AUGGCGACAGCUGCAGGGCCAGCCGAUUCAUCAUCCACCGGCCAGCCUGGCCAUGAACAGCCGCUGCUGCUGACUGCCGCCCGAAGCCCCUCGAUCCCGCUCAGAGACAGCUGGCACUCGGUCCUGCCACCGCUGCCUCGGCAACGCUCGCCUCUCGUUCGCUCGUCCUCGCCCCGACACCUCUCCGCUGCAUCCUCGCCCCCGGCCACGAGGACGACACACGUUUCCCUCGACUCCAAAUUCUCAACGCCCAUCGGCCCGCGAAGCCCAUCUUCGGCUCAGCCGCAGUCCCAUCACUUCGAUAGCGACUUCAACCCUCCCUUCGAUUGGGGUGAUGAUAGCGCCGACGAGUUCCCCCUCAUCAUGUCUGCUAACUCCAUGCACGACGCACCGUUCGACGACCAACUCCUCAGCGUCUUUGCCGACAACGAUUUCUCCUCACCCUCGAGCUAUCCGUCCUUCCUGAACCCACUUCCCGCCACAAGCCCGCAGGCAGACCAGGACUCGGGUCAGCACCAACUCGCCACCACGCACGAUACCGGCUCUGGCCCCCACUCCCGCCGUCCCUCGCUCUGCCUUGGGUUCCUGGCCUCUCCCUCACGAUCCACAACUCGCAGCGCAGGAAUUUCCCAAAAUACGCUUUUUACAAACGGCUUUGGCGAUCAAGAUUUGUCGUCCGAGGGAGCGCAGAGCGUCGGGAUGCCUUCUGCCUCGUCCCGAGACGUCUUGAAUGCUCUCGACCGAGCGCCCGCUCCAAAGAGGCGGCGGUUGUCCAGGACUGGAAGCCGUCAGGCACAGCUCGAGCCGCUCGCUUUACCAAUCCCGCCAGACGACGACGAUCUAUUCGCCGACAACGAAAAGCUCGAAGAGCUCGACGACAUGAACGGGCUGACCACCAUCGACCUGACCGAGGCCAAUGAGGUCCCAGAGGAACUGAAGAAGCCCAAAGUAGACAACCGGGUCAAGAUCUCUGCCUUCCAGUGCGCAAUCUGCAUGGACGAUGUCACGACCCUCACGGUCACGCACUGUGGCCAUCUGUAUUGCCAGCAGUGCCUUCAUUCGUCGCUCAAUGUGGAUUCGACAAAGGGAAAAUGCCCCAUGUGUCGCACCAAGAUAGAUAUGAAGUCCCGCUCGUCGUACAGCAUGAAGACCAAGGGGUUCUGGCCGCUCGAGCUGAAGCUCAUGACCACAACCAGCAAGGGCAAGCGGAAGGCGGCUUCCACGCCGUGA